UUUCAGCAUUUUCAGCACAGUACACAAUAUUUUUGUCUAUCAAAACAAGCUGGUUUUGGUGUGUUUAGUGCAAUUUAUUACGACAAAAACAGUGCUAAUAUAACACAUCUAAAGUAUCCUCCAGGUGUUCUAUAAAAAAUCUCUUGAUGAAGAUGCAUUUCCUUGAUAAUUUCGAUCCCGAAACUUCGGCUCGUGAACGUCGAAAAUUAAAUAGAAAGAGUUACUUUAUCAACCGUAAAAGCAAAAAUAUUUACAAUGAUCGGGGUCAAAUUGCUCUAACUGGCAAAGAUCUUUGCGAUUGUUUGGAUGAAAAAUGCCCAGGAUGUCACUUUCCAUGCCCUAAGUGUUAUUCCAACAAAUGUGGACAUGAAUGCAGGACAAAUAGAAAAUGGAUGUAUGAUAAAAUAGAAAUAGAAGGAAACGAUUUUGUCAUUAAAAAUGAGUAUAAACAUAAAUGAUCAGUAAGUUUCAAUGUCAUCCACAUUAAUUUUAAUAUUUUUAUAAUUUAAUCAUUGGCCAAUAAUUUGAAAAAAUAUUCAACUUCAAGCUCGCCAUCUUCUGGAAGAUCAGUGCAGUGGACAGCGUUGUGUACAAUGGUUUUACCAUAUUGUGCUCUAAUAGAGUCCGGAUAGAGCUGACGACACAAAUCCUAUAAUUGCAAGAAUAAAGGAUUUCAAUAAA